GAUCAGCUGUGAGAAGGCUUGCUAAGGAAGUAACCCCGGACAUUAAGAGCGACCAUCUGUUCUUUCUGAUUGGGGUGGGGUGGUUUAGUUUGGUUAUUUGGUGAAGAGAUAAGGGCGCUGCUUAAUUGGGCUUUCAGUAACUGGACCACCGAAGCCGAUGUCAAGGUUCUUCCGCAGGGAUGGAUGCCAGCCAACACUCCACUUUCCUAAUCGUCAUUCUUGUUUUGAUGCUUCUGUUUCUCGUUGGAGUCGCUCUGCUGCUGCUGAACCACUGCAGACAAAAAUGCUUGAAGAAGAGAAGCAAAGAGGCACCAUCAAGCAUAAAGGUGUUCCUCAAAGACCAGACCACCUCCACCAGCAAUCUAAGAGCUGUUCUGUCCAUGUUAGGUGUGCAGUCUGGGGUCCAGAAUCAAGAUUCUCAGACUUCACCCAUUGGGGCGGCAGGACGUCGUGCCCAAAGAGAGAGCUUCGAUGGAAGCAAUGCAGCUACUUACACGUCCUCAACACUGACCAGCAGGAAUCAGCACUUUGAGAGCAUUAAUGCCAAGCAGGAAGAGCUGGGCCCCAGUCAGGAACUUUUGGUAGAUGGAGACUGUGAGCAGUCUAGUUCAGUUUUCUUCUGGAAACAAGAGACUGAGCAGAGUCUCAUGAGUGGCAUUCGGAGAAUAGUAGGCUCGACAUUAACCCCAGAGAAUAUUUUGGCAGGACAGCAGCAGUUGAAGGCUUCUACCCUGGCCCACCUCAAACGAUUAAGCUCUUCUAUGAAGAGUGAUGCAAGUCCUGAAGAAUUGCCUGUGCCGGUAGAGUCGCCAGUUGUUGGGGUCUCCCAGAGCCAUAACCAGAGAACUUCAAGUCUACCUCGUGACCUCAGUUACUACGCUGCUGGAGGUUCAAGAGUCCAACUCAUUUCCUAUGAGGCUCCAGAUUCUCCAUACAAUGACCAUAAAUCUAGCCUUGGUGGGCUAGAAGAGCAUGGCCAAAGAAACUUGGCCAAGCCAGGUUUAGUGCCUGCUUUUGGUUUUCCAGAAUCCAGCUCUGUUCCAAGCACCUUAAGCAGACCCAGACCUUGUGCUGGAAGAGUGGAGGAAGGUGGACAGACUUUAUCAGAGCAGUCAUUGCUGGAACGUGCCAAAGCUAGCUGCCUUUUCCAGCCCCGGGCCUGGUUCAUAUCCUGGAGCAAUGCCCCUAAGGUAGAGUUUCUUCAGCAGCAGGAACAUGUAGGCAGCCGAGACUCGGGAGUGGACAUCUUUGAGAGCCGACAUCCGCGUCAAGGUGAAAUACCUGCCACUGGUCGGGAUGGCAUUCCCACUGGAAUGCACAAAAGGGCAGUAGAGCUAGAAAUCUCUCCUAGAGAAGCUGUGGAGAAACUGGGCACAGUCGAGAGCGGGAGUAAAAGGAGUUUGUGGCAGAAGCGGGAAGACCGCCCGUUAAUCGUGAUCAACUGAAGGUUGCAAAGAGCAUGAAGAUGAAGCUUGUCUUUUUAUAUAUUGCUCCGUAAGUGUGAUUGUUAAUUUUAUAAUGAAGGGGAAUGCCGUCACUUUGAUUUUUUUGAACUCUUAUGAAGAUGGGCUAUAUUUCUGGAGAAUUGGCCUGUUCAAGAGCUGGAAUUUUGAAAAUCUUGGGAUUGAUAGUUUUUAAUUAAUUUAUUAUCUUCAAGUUGUGAGGGU